CUGAUGAAAGCAUCCAAAGAGCAGUCCGUACAGCUCCUUUUCAAUUUGAGCGUCAUUUUCUUCAGUCUCAUUUAGUGUGUUGGAUGCAUAUGGGACUGGUUUCUCUCCCUGAAGCAAGACUGCUCCGAAGCCACAUUUUGAUGCGUGGACUUGUAGUUUCACCUCUUUUAAUAGAAUAGAGGUGCAUUACAUAUCAAGCGGCGGAGUAUCCGCGGAUGCCGGCUCACAUGACAGUUUUUUAGAGCAAGUGACCCGACGAGUAGCGCGUGCGCAUGGAGCAGUGAGUGACCUGACUACCCAUCGUAGAGGAUGAGGGUCACUACGUCUGGUUUAUUCUUCACCACUGGACUCAUGACGGGAUUGCUCUCUUUUCGUUUUCUGUUGGACUCGAACUUGUCAACCGAACUCUGGAAGGCCACGCAUGAAGUCAAACAGCAUGGACACGCAGUUGAGAACAAGGGCUCAGCGGCUAAUUCCUCUGGCACAACGCGGAUCUUGUGCUGGAUCAUGACGGGGCCCGAGAACCUAGAAUCCAGAACCAAGCACAUCAGGGAAACGUGGGCCAAGCGCUGCAACAAAGUGCUGUACAUGAGCUCGGUGAAGACGGACUUCCCCACUGUGAAGCUGAACGUGAGUGAGGGGAGGGAGAACCUGUACUGGAAGACCAUCAGAGCCUUUCAGUACAUCCACCGGCACCACCUGGACGAAGCGGACUGGUUCCUGAAAGCAGACGACGACACGUUUGUGGUCGUAGAGAAUCUACGCUACACCUUGUCCAGAUAUGAUCCAUUAAAGCCGUUGUACCUGGGCAGAAGGUUUACCCCCUUCAUCAGUCAAGGCUACAUGAGUGGAGGAGCAGGUUACGUCCUCAGUAAGGAAGCACUGAGGAGAUUUGUUGAAGGGUUCAAUUCUGGGAAGUGUACCCACUUCUCCACCAUAGAGGACAUGGCUGUGGGCAAAUGUAUGGAGACCAUGAAGGUGGAGGCAGCGGACUCCAGAGACGUUAAGGGGAGACAAACAUUCCAUCCUUAUCCUCCAGACUACUACCUGGUUAGACAGCCCCCAAGGCCGAGGCCUUGGUAUCUGUUAUACGACCACUAUCCUCCAGUAGAGGGUCCAGGCUGCUGCUCGGAUUUUGUUGUGUCCUUUCACUACAUUUACGCUGUCCAGCUGUAUGCUUUGGAGUACCUGACGUACCACCUGCGGCCUUAUGGAUACAAAUACAGAUUUAAUCCGGAUGAAAAAACUGAAUUCGAUACCACAACGAAGUCCACAUAACAUGUAGUGUAGAAUUUCUGUCGGGCUUGAGGGGCUCAGCAGGUUUCAGAGCCAAGCUUAACUUACUCACCAUAUUAUAUUUCAAUCUCCAAAACCAUAACUUUAUAAGUCAAGACUUUUAGAUAGACUUAAUAGAUUCCCUCCACCUGCACCUCCAAGUCUGACGAAGGUUUGAUUGAACUGUGAAAAUGAACGUGCUACAGACGUUUGUCAAGAAGCCUUUCUCUGGGAACACAUCUGUUCCGUUGCUGAAAGUGUUGUGAAGUUUGGGUAAACACAUUCACUUAGUGUGGGGUUUAUCUAGUCAUGAAGGAAAAGACCUACUGAUCGAAA